AGCCCGGAGGGAGUGGGGGCUUACGGAACAGGGGAGCAUCCCGGCGUCCCAGUCUCGGUCUUAGACGGCGUGGCCCGCGGGUCAUGGCCAAAGGAGAGGGCGCCGAGAGCAGCUCCGCGGCUGGACUGCUGCCCACCGGCAUCCUCCAAGCCGGCGAACGCCCGGCGCAGGUGAAGAAGGAACCAAAAAAGAAACAGCAGCUGUCCAUCUGCAAUAAGCUCUGCUAUGCUGCUGGAGGGGCUCCCUACCAGGUGACAGGCUGUGCCCUGGGGUUCUUCCUGCAAAUCUACCUGUUGGACGUGGCUCUGGUGAACCCUUUGAAUGCGUCCAUCAUCCUCUUUGUGGGCCGAGCCUGGGAUGCUGUCACUGACCCUCUGGUGGGCUUCUGCAUCAGCAAGUCCCCCUGGACCCAACUGGGUCGCCUCAUGCCCUGGAUCAUCUUCUCCACACCCCUGGCCGUCAUCGCCUACUUCCUCAUCUGGUUCGUGCCUGACUUCUCACAGGGCCAGACCCUUUGGUACCUGAUUUUCUAUUGCCUCUUUGAGACACUGGUCACGUGUUUCCACGUUCCCUACUCAGCGCUCACCAUGUUCAUCAGCACGGAGCAGAGCGAGCGGGACUCUGCCACUGCCUAUCGGAUGACCGUGGAGGUGCUGGGCACAGUGCUAGGCACAGCGAUCCAGGGACAAAUUGUGGGCCAAGCAAAUGCUCCUUGUCUCCAGGACCCUAAUGAGUCUUCACUGGUCCCAGAAAGUGCCAAUCGGACACACAGCACCACCUCACUGAAACAAAUGCAAAAUGCAUACUUGCUGGCAGCUGGAGUCAUCGCCUCUAUCUAUGUCAUCUGUGCCAUCAUCCUGACUCUGGGCGUACGGGAGCAGAGAGAACCAUAUGAGGCCCAGAAGACUGAACAAAUAUCCUUCCUCCGGGGCCUCCGGCUGGUCCUGAGCCAUGGUCCCUACGUCAAACUCAUUGCUGGCUUCCUUUUUACCUCCCUGGCUUUUAUGCUGGUAGAGGGAAACUUUGCCUUGUUUUGCACCUACACCUUGGGCUUCCGUAAUGAGUUCCAGAAUCUACUCUUGGCCAUCAUGCUCUCGGCCACAUUCAGCAUUCCCAUCUGGCAGUGGUUCCUCACCCGGUUUGGCAAGAAGACAGCUGUGUAUAUCGGGAUCUCAUCAGCAGUGCCAUUUCUCAUCUUGGUGGCCCUCAUGGAGAGUAACCUAAUUGUCACCUAUGUGGUGGCCAUAGCAGCCGGCGUCAGUGUAGCAGCUGCCUUCUUGUUACCUUGGUCCAUGCUGCCUGAUGUCAUCGACGACUUCCAUCUGAAGCAUCCCAACUGCCACGACACUGAGCCCAUCUUCUUUUCCUUCUAUGUGUUCUUCACCAAGUUUGCCUCCGGCGUCUCGCUGGGUAUCUCCACCCUCAAUCUAGACUUUGCCGGGUACCAGGCGCGGGGCUGCUCCCAGCCAUCACAGGUCAAGUUUACCCUGAAGAUGCUGGUGACCAUGGCUCCCAUCAUCCUCAUCCUCCUGGGCCUCCUCCUCUUCAAGCUGUACCCCAUCAAUGAGGAGAAGCGGCGUCAGAAUAAGAAGGCCCUUCAGGCUCUGCGGGAUGAAGCCAGCAGCUCAGCUUGCUCUGACACAGACUCCACAGAGCUGGCCAGCAUCCUUUAGGACCUGUGUGACCCAUGAUGCCACCACACACAAGGCCUGGGUCAUCUGGCCACAUGCGGGACCAGAACCUGUUUGCCCACUCAUGGAACAGCUGUUCUUCAGGUGCCAGCUAGAACAGGGACCAAGCACUGGAAGGCAAACAGCCCAAGACAUCUGUGUCUGCGUAGAGCUGGCCAUGCGCCAUACUGCCACCCUUCUGCCCACCCACAGGACCAAGCCCUGGGGCUGCUACUGUGAAUAUGCCGAGGACUGAGCGGGCGAAGCCCCGAACACUAAUGUAGAAACAUUUUAUACAGAGACUAAUUAAUAACUUAAUGACUAUGUACAUAGUGAGGUGUGUAUGUAUAUUUCUGUGAACUAUUAAUGUUAUUAAUUUUCAUAAAAGCUGGAAAACAGA